AUGUUGUCAUACUGCCAAGAUCUGCAUUCAUGUCGUCGUUCAUUGAUUGGUCAACAUUUUGGUGAAGAAUGGAAGGAGGAAGAAUGUAAAGGGAUGUGUGAUAACUGUCAGAGAACAGAUAAUGGUGAGUGUCAUGGUCAAACGAGCUGAGAAAACUCCGCGGAAAAAUGUCUGCGCAUGCGUAUGCCUGACUGAAAUUUUCUUUGCGAACGAAUGUUGUUGAAGACUAACAAUUAGACUUGGUUCAAGUCCGUCUCAGGAGAAAAUUAGGGAGAGACGGACAUGGGACAUUUGCAGCAUUUCGAAUGUUACUUGGAAAAUUGGCGCGAAAAUUUGUUGUUGUUCUCAACUCGCCAGCCACUCCUCCGUAGGAAAAAUCCGACGUUAAAAUUUGGCACGCUUGCAGGGUAUCCAAGUCCGUCUCUCCCUACUCUUCUCUCAUAUUUUCGCGCCUUUUUUGAACGGUCGCGUGCAUCGCUAUUUUCAACCCCCUGAGCAGGGCCGCAGAGAGGUUGGCGGGGGCCCGGGGCAAAUUUUUUUUGGGGGGGCCCUUUUCAAAAAUUUUUCCGGACAACGACUCCCCCCCCCUCCCCCCGUCGCCAAAAACAUUUCGGUCAGUGUACCAUUUUAGCGGUAAAAAGAUUUUUCCCGGAGUGAAAAAUUUUCCGGACGAGUACGUUGCAGAUACUUUCGAGGGACUUUAUCUCAUUUUUCUAUGCCUAAUUUCGUUACUUAGCCCAAUAAAACAGAUAUCUUGUCCUUUGCGCGGAAAUAUUUAACACACAAAAAGGACUGGGGCCCAAUAAAAAUUUUUCAGGGGCCCCCAGCACCUCGGGGCCCGGGGCAAUUUCCCCCCCCCCCCCUCGGCGGCCCUGCCCCUGAGAGACGGACCUGAACCAAGUCUAACUAACAAUAUACGCGAGCAAGAAUUAAUUCCAUGCUUGUUUUCCUGAAAUUUCCAACGAAAUAAUAAAUGAGUCAACAUGAAAAGUAGAAAUAAUUAUAGUCUACAAGUGCGAGAAAGAUGGCAAGAAAAUGAGCCAAAAAUGGCUAAAAAAUGAGCCCCAGAUGACUGAUGAUAAGUGUUUGUGUAAAAUAAGUUUUUUUCACUGAACGAUGCAAGGAUAUUUUUCUUGGUUCAUAUGACCCACGGGAGUCAAUGACAGUUGGCAGUCAAACACAAGCGUUAGUUGAAUUUCUCGUCAACUCUCAUUCUCGUUCGGUUUUACUUUCAAUUUGGCCUUGCGCCUCCAGUUAUCAUCUCGACUUUCGGACAUCGCAAAUUUUCUUCUCCCCACAGAAAAAAACGGCUGUGCAAGCUAGUUUUUAUCUCUUUUACUUCGAUUGCAGUUGUAAGGUUUCACAAAGCGAAAAAAUCUUUCCAUUUGACACUUGGAGUAUAGCAAUACAACCUGAUCGCUCGUGUUCGUGCUAGCCUUGCUUUACGCUGCUCUUGUCGUCAGGGCUCGAAAUAGCGGGCUGCCUGCCUGCCAAUGGCCAAAAGCAGCCAUAUUUUAGAGAUGGGAGGCAAAAACAAAUUUAAACUUCAAAAGUAAAAAAAAAUCCUAGAUAUAUUUCAUUUCAUUUGCUUACCACAACUGAAAUACUAGAUAUUUAGUUGACUAAAUACGUUUAUAUUUGAAAUGUAAAUCCAAGUUUACUGCAUUUAGUAAAUUAGACAAGUUUAUAAAAACAAUAAAAAUGCAUAUCAUGAAAACAUUGAUUUUUACAAUGACUCAUAUGAGACAUCCCAGUUCAAUGAAUAAAAUGGUAGUUCAAUGAACAAAAUGGUAGGCUAAAAUUUAUUUCACCUGCCAAAAAAUUUUAGACUGCAUGGCAGGCCAUAUUUUUUCUGAACUUCGAGCCCUGCUUGUCAUGAUUCUUUAUUUAGAUAACUGUGUUCCUGUGAAAAAGAAUUUAACGAAGGAAGCACAAAACGUUUUAAAGAUCUUACAAAAUGCCCAAGAAAUUGCAGAACGAGUUACUAUGAUCAAGUUACUGGAAGCCUGGAAUGGGAAAGGGAAUAAAAAAUUACGUGUGAAAGACCUACCUGCGCCCACUAUCACGUCAGUUGAUUGUCAGCGGUUUCUCAUUCACUUGAUACUUGAUGGUAUAUUAAGUGAAGAUUUUCAUUUCACGCCUUUUUCAACGAUAUCAUAUCUCGUACCAGGACUCCGCACAAACAAUGUUCAGGCGGGGAAAAUAUCAGUGUCUAUGGUGUUAUCCAAUCAAACCUCAAUUCAGGUAGGCUGAAUGUUUCAGAAAGCUACUAUCGGGCUAUUUGAUAAUUCAUCGAGUACAUUUUGAAUUAAAAUUGCAACCAAAUUAUUACUACAAUUCGCAAAACAGCUAUUGUCCAAGUGGCUGUUUAUUUUGAAGAAAAGCUAAGUUGUUGAAGAAAUCAGAAGGCCCAUAUUCAGAUGAAUUUCUUACAAAAGUUUCGGAAUUUUGAUUCACUAAUUUACAUAAGUUACAUUGAUAGACAAAUUUGGCACACAAUGUUUAUUAUGCACAGUUCACAACUAUACAUAAUUCACAUGCCUAGUUACUAUAAUAAUUGUACUACAGUUUGCAGAAGCGUAUAAUAGAACGAUGGUAACUAAACUUUAGAAUUAUCUACAUGAAUAACUCUUAUCCGUAACUCUGACGCUUAAUUGACUUUGUUUUAUUCUAUGCUUAUAUAAACUAGAACAAUAAUAGUAACUGUUUAUCAAUGAUGUAAACAACGCUGUUAGGCAAAUUUACUGCCUAACUGGGUAGCAAUGAUGUAAGCAACUUUAGCCAAAUUUGCCUAUUGUCACCAAGCAUGUGACUACAAAUAGCCCAGCAAUUUUUCGAAUGCAGAAAGUAGCUCGAGUACGAAUAUAAUCUUAUCUGUCAAAAUACUAUGGUCUGGAAGCCCGGCAAACUGCAAAGCUAUACAAAACAGAAGACCUUGAUGAUGUUUGUGUUGUUACUCUGAGUGUAUAUCCACACCGGGCGAGCUUGAAAAAUAUACCCGGCCACGGUGGGAAUCGAACCUACUACCUUUGGAAUACUAGCCCAUUGCUCUGCCAACUGAGCUACGCGGUCAGGUCGGUUCGAGUAAGUGAUAUUUCGGAACAGAAUCUAGUUCCUUCGCAAACAUCAUAUUCACCUGACCGUACCUCACCGUGCACAAAUCCUUUGUCUCCAUUUAAUUAAAUAUUCAUCGUGGUUGCACGUUUCGUCUCAGCUAUCCCUACUGGACGUUCCUUCAAUAUACGAUAACACAAUGAGCUCAAUCAGCGUGACCAUGCACAAAUUAACAUAAACUCGGACAAAAACAUUACUCAAUGACUUCUGUUUAGUUUCCAGACCAUCAUAUCUUGAUAGACUAUGGUACGAAACAGAUGUUAAGUUUAUGAGUAUUCUGAAUAAUAAUUGGGACAUUUCUAGAAAUCGAUGACCGUAUCUAAAAAAGAAGUAUCGAAGAAACGAAACAGAGACAAAUCAAGCACGAGUGAUGUAAACAGCACUAUCAAAAGCAAAGGAAAGAAAGCCAGGGUUGAAGAAGUAAACAUUGCAGAAAGUGAUAGUGACUCUGAUUUGGAUUUCAAACUUUUAUCGUCAAAACAUCAUAAGAAGUUACAUAAUGAUUCAUCAACUUCUUCAGGUACUAAGCCUGUCGUGAUUAUCGAAUAACUUUUACUGACCUGGCAUCUAACGCUGAAAAUUCUAUUCAAACUCUUUAGAAGAUGAACGGCAAGAAUUAACCGGAAGCUAAAAAGCUAUUUUCCAGUUAGGCUGCGGUGUUUUACAUGUACAUACAAGUGUGGAAAGUUUAGGUCUUCUAAAUUUUAUAUAAGUUCAAAUUACCUCGACAACUACAUUUUAAAUCCUACACAAGACUAAACGUUGUGUUUUUUCGGAUUCAUUUAAUUAUUUCAUAAGAAACCUUUAAAAGAAUUUAAACUUUUCCAUGCACGUAUGUAAAAGGCUUAUCCUGGAAGCAGCCUUAAGAUUUAUGUGUUCAAGAAUAGAGUUACAGAAUAGAGAAUAAAUUUUUGCGCCAGUUUCACAUGAUCGAUAAAACAAAUUUCGUCUUGUCAAAUUGUUCGUUUGUUUUCCCAUUUUUAUUUGAAUCUUUGAAAACAUAUUUUAUACCAUGUAAAAACGGAUUGGUUGUUGAAAUAACCAAUUUGAACUGGUUGUCUAAGAUGCAUUUUCUUUUCACCAGUAUUAUUUUGUCAGCCGAAAAAUUGGUUGAAAUAACCCAAUUUUGGUUGUUUUAACAACAAUUAUAGAGUAUUGGUCAAAUAAGUACAUCUUAGACAACCAAUAUAUUUUGGUUAUUUCACCAAUCUGUUUUUACAAUAUUCUUGGGCUUCAAUAACGUGAUAUUUUGGCAUAAUUUGACGUACUCAGGUGGGGCCAAUAUUGAACUGAGGUCAACUACAACAACAAAAAAACGAAAUGGCUCCUCCUACUAUUAUAAAGACACAUAUAAAACAAUAUGAACCAUAUAAAAAUUAUCCUUUACCGUUGAAACAGACCCUUGACGCCCACGUGACGUUAUAUGAAACCCAAGAAUGCCUUUAUGGCUUUUGGAUAGAACGAGAUUAAAGAAAUACCAAAUGGUUUUCCGUGCAUGCAGGAUAGCGUCAUCAAUGCACGAAAAGCGUAAAAAAGUACGAGGGUUUGCGGAACGAGUGUGAUUUAAGCAUUUUGAUAUAAUUAUUAACACUUUAAACUUACAAUUUGAGGCUUAUUUUGUCCCAAACAAGACGCUCUAUGGAGCGCUAACUCGCUGGGGCUAUACCAUUGGGCUAUACAAAUGAAAACUAAAUUUUGUCACCAUAUUUGGUAGUCACUACAGAAAAUAGGUACGCAGUGCGUACAUGUUGCAUGCCAUCGAAAGCUAGCCUGAAAACAGACCUACGUUUAGCCCGCCCUAAAAUUCGUGGGUUGACGGAUCAGUCGACCCGCGAAUUUUAGGGCGGGCGAAACGUAGGUCUGUUUUCAGGCUAAUCAAAACCAUGAAACCUUAUGACACAGAAUACUAUACAGAAGUCCAUUUCCAUUGUUUUUUGCGUAAGCGCUAUUCGUCAUGAUUCGUCACUCAGCAAGUACCGUAAACAGAAGCAGUCACCCCCUGGUUAUGAUGCACUAGCGUUUAUAACUGUUGGUACAACUGGCCUGAAAGUUAAAAUAUUGAUUCAAUAAGUUUAAUAUCAAUAUAUUUAUUGAAAAAUAGCUAUUUAUGUCAAAAUAAGAAAACUUUAGAUUCUCACGCGAAUAGGCAAUGUUUUUAUGAGCGACUGUUCAACGUUAGUUGCAGGCGACGGUAAUAUAAACAAGGUCAAGGUUUUAUCGAAAGCGAUUGACUGUUAGAUUUCCUUCACUAUUUUAUAACUAAACUAGAAUUACAAAUUGUAAGUGAAAUGCUGCGAGCAAAUACUGGAAGUUCCUGUGUCUUCCCCAGUCGUCUCUUGGGUAGUUGGGCGGUCUUCAGGAUAGUAAUGAGGGCCACUAAUGAGGGCCACUAAUGAGGGCCACUAAUGAGGGCCACUAAUGAGGGCCACUGAGAGGGCCACUGCAGGGCUGCAAAUAAAUAUUUGACUUCACAGGACAUUUGUCCGAUCACUUUUAAUUUUGGUCGGACAUAACUUGAAUUUGGUCGGACAAAAACCAACAUCACUAAAUUUGGUCGGACAUAUUGACCUUUGACCUGACGAACUUCUCUGGUUUCAUCUUGGAGAUUUCCCUUGCCAAGUUAGUUCAAUGAAUUUAAUAACCCACCGACGCUCGUUCACUUCAGUCUCUAAUUGGCUGUUGCUUCUCGCUGUAACUUUUUGGUUGUUUUCAAGACCUAAACCAAUACUAGACUCUCAGACGUCGUCAUCAACGCAGCAGAACGCCACUAUCUCUUCGGAACUUGCAUCAAUAUCUGGCAGAUUAAGUUAUAUUUGGAUUUCAACGCGUGAUAGUAUUUUAAGGAAAUGCUCGUUAUCCAGCAACUAUCGUUAUGGCCUAUUAUUUCAAAUUAAUAAUAAUAAUUUACACCUACUCCUAUGGAUCUUAUUAUCAGGAGACGUAGCUAUCAAUCCAGGUCCUAGUAAUGAACAUGUUCUUCGGUGUCUAUCCUUCAAUGCUCAGAGUAUUCGAAGUAACACCAAAUUACCCGACGGGACUUCCUUUAACAACUUGAACUCCUUCCAAGACCUGGUUUACGCAGAUAAUCUUGAUUUAAUUUUGGUAACGGAGACAUGGCUCAAUCAGAAUUUCAUGAACAAUGAGUUACUUCCGAAAGGUUAUCACGUCAUAAGGAAAGAUCGAGCGCCUGACAAACGCGGUGGCGGGGUGUUAAUAGCGCUACGUGAGGACAUUCCGUAUAAUAGGUUAAUUGCAAGUAAUAAUAAACCAGACUGGUCUGAUAGUUUAGAGAUUAUUGCCCUCGAAUUGGAAUUGAUAAACUCCAAGAAAUGUCUUGUGUGUGUUUGUUACCGACCACCUAGUUGUAACCUAGUUGAAUGGCUCCAUUUGUUCACGGCAUUUUUGGAUGAAACCACCCACUACGACAAAGUUUUAAUCUCUGGUGAUUUUAACUUCCCCGAUCUAACUUGGAACUCGAACUUUGUGCCUGUUAUUUCAGAAAGAACUAUUUCCGCUGGGUCUUCUGAAUUCAGAGAACUAAGUUAUGAUUUUUUCUUACAUCAAGUGAACAUGUAUCCGACCAGAGUUAACAACAUUUUGGAUCUUGUGCUAACAACCACUCCUGGCAACAUUGUUAAUUUGUCGUGUGUUUCAGCCAACACAAUGGACCUCUCUAGUGACCACCACCUAAUGUUCUUCGACUUUUUACUACAUGUAAAAUUAACAGGACUUGACAGGAGAACUGUGUUCAACUUUCACUUGGCUGACUGGAAUGGGCCACAAAGAGCACUUGAUCAGUAUGAUUUAUCACCUAGUAAGUCCACUGAUAUCAACACUGAUUGGGAGCAAUGGAAAGAUUUUUUCCUCAGUGUUGCUGCUGAGCAUAUCCCACUCAAAACAUUUAAGCGGCGUAACACUCCUCCGUGGUUUGAUGGUGAAGUGAGGCGUCUUCUCUCAAAAAAGGACUCGUGCAGGAGAAAAGCUAAACGUACGUCGUGUCCUAGACUCUGGGAAAAAUUCCGUAUACUUCGACGAUCAGCUAAGUCUUUAGUUAGAGCCAAACGUACGCAGUACUUUCACUCUCUUCCAUCAUUGUUAAGGUCAAACAGCAAAAAGUUCUGGUCAGUGUUUAAAUCCACUUCUAAACACUCGAACAUUCCUGGAAAAAUGACAUGGACUCGACAGGACUCUUCUUCCACAACAGCUGAGACUCCAAUCGACAUAGCCAACCUGUUAAAUCGUUAUUUCUACUCUGUGUUUAAUCCGUCAUGCGAUUCCACUCAUGGCCUUCCCAUUCCUGUCGACGAUGAUUCGAUUAAUCUGACAACCAUCGCAGAUCUUGAGUUAACUGAAGGAGAAGUAUGCUCUGUACUAAGAACUCUCGACGUUGACAAAGCGACUGGUCCUGACAAAAUACCGGCGGUAUUGCUAAAAAACUGCGCCGCUAGCGUCAGUCCAUCUUUAUGUGAACUUUUCAACAAGAGUUUAUCUUGUGGAAAACUGCCGCGGGAGUGGAAACUGUCCAAUAUUAGUCCAAUUCCAAAGAAAAAUCCUUCACAUGAAGUCUCUAGACCAAUAUCACUUUUGUCUUUGGUCUCAAAGGUGUUUGAACGUUGUAUCUACAACAGAAUAAUUGACCACCUCUCAAAUCAACUUUAUAGUCUACAAUACGGUUUUCAAAGCGGCAAGUCUACAACAUCACAAAGAGCUCAAGUUGACACUGUCUAUCUUGAUUUCGCGAAAGCUUUUGAUAAAGUCAGUCAUGAUCUCUUACUCGUGAAGCUUCACAACUUUGGCAUCAGAGGAAAUCUUCUUCGCUGGUUCGGGGACUAUCUUUCUGGGCGAUUACAGAGAGUUACUGUUCUUGGUGUAACAUCUGAACCACUUCCAGUGCUAUCUGGAGUUCCUCAGGGAUCAAUCCUUGGACCACUCCUUUUCCUUAUUUAU